AUGGGUCUCAUGUAUCCGGCUUGGGAUAGCCCAGACCAAUGUAGAGGAUAUACCACCCAUGCCAUCUAUGCAUUGUUUAUCUUCUGUCAUACCAACGAUGCUAGUAAUGAUCUCAACUUUAUUGUUCAUUUCGACGAGAGAGUCCUCAGCCAUGAGAAGGUGUUACAGCUCCUUGGACUUCUAGAGUUUGUACUUCGACAGGUGUGUUGCAGUCCGAAGGCGACCCUGAGCGAGAUCGAUCUCGUCAGCCCUAAUGACUGGAAGCAGUUGGCCAGGUGGAAUGCAGCAAUACCCCCGGCGCAUGAAACCACUCUUCAUGAAAUGGUGCUGAAGUUCCGGGGCUGCCAACCUGAUAAGCCGGCGGUUAGUACCUGGGACGGCGGGCUUUCGUAUCUCGAAAUUGAUGAUGUCUCUGCCAAUUUGGCUCGACUGUUGAUGGAACGCGGUAUCGAAAUAGGCGACCUGGUCGGUGUUUGCCUGGAAAAGUCCAGAUGGGCGACCGUGGUUUUGCUGGCUGUGUUACGGGCUGGUGGUGCCUGUGUCAUGCUUGACCCUGGUCUUCCCCGUGGUCGAGUCGAAGAGAUGAUCAGGAGAUCAAUGCCCAAGAUAGUCCUAGCCACGGAAACACAGAACGGUCUUGUUAGUGACCUGGACACACCGGUGACUCUUAUCACUGACAUGUUCAUGCAAAGCUUACCUCGCGAGGAUAAGUUUUGUUUGCCGUCUGACUCUUCUUCCUGUGCCUUAUUUGUCCUUUUCACUUCUGGCAGCACGGGGACCCCCAAAGCGUUGGUGCUGGAGCAUCGUAAUCUCUGCACGAGCAUCCGAGACCAUCGCUCUGGGAUGAAUAUCAGUGGCGAGAGCCGAGGCCUGCAUUUCGCAGCAUAUGCUUUCGAUAUCAGCAUAUAUGAGGUCUUCAAUGUCCUGUCCUGCGGAGGUUGUCUUUGCAUCCUAUCCGAGAGUCAACGGAUGAACGGCCUCUCUGAAUUCAUCGUCGCCCAGCGAAUAAAUUAG